AGGCGCUGCAAGAUGGCGGCCGCGUUGGAGGCGUCGGCGGCGGAGAGGAGCCCGCGGUUGUCCUUUUGAAGCGGGCCUGGCCGCCUUUGAACCAGGGAUUGGGGCCUGAUUCGAACCACCUAAAAAUUGGCAAAUUAUUGAUUGCAACCAGAUGUCCUACAGAUGUCAUCUUCAUGAGGGAUCAGAAGAGAGAUCCUUCAGCCCAAGUCAUUUCUGAUCAGCCAUGCUUUCCUUGUUGAUAGAUAACGAGCUAAGAAACCAAUAUCAAACGCUGAAGGCCUGUUCCAAGAGAGAUGUCAAGGAAAGACUGACUAAUUUGGCAUUGCUUGGUAGAUUGUGAUGACAAAAGUGUUGGAUGGUUGGCAAAGCUGUUUGUUCAAGUCUCUGCAUUACAGCCUCUGCUAAGAACCCUGAUGUCGGAGAUCCUAUGGGUGUUCCAUUGGUUUGUCUGUAGGUUUGUUGAAGAUGAAGUGUGUGGUUUCUCGCGUAGUCUGAAUCAUGGCUGCAAAUGGUACAAAUUCUGGUCCAGCAAGCAGCCAUACAACAAAAUCACAACUUGGAAUAAAAGUCAUUUGUGCAAAGCUGAAGGAAAAUAAGAAGAACUGGUUUGGUCCCAGUCCCUAUGUGGAAGUGGCAGUUGAUGGCCAGUCGAAGAAAACUGACAAGGUUACCAACACGCACAACCCCAAAUGGAAGCAGCAAGUCACCGUGAUUGUUACACCAUUCAGCAUGAUCACUUUCAAAGUCUGGAGCCAUCAAACACUAAAAUCGGAUGUUCUCCUUGGUUGUGCCACUCUGGAUAUCUGUGAGACAUUAAAGUCUAAUAACAUGAAAUUUGAUGAUGUGGUUAUAAAGUUACCACUCACAAAUGAGCGAGACAUUGUGGAUGGGGCAAGCGAACUUAUUGUGUCCUUGGAUGGGUUAACUGUAGAUCCGGAAGUCUUAACUAAUGGCGACCCUACAGCUGCAAGAAGUAACUCCCCAAAUAAAGGUUCCAGAUGUGGCACUGAGGCAUAUGUACUAAACCCAUCAAGCGCAAAUGGCGAUGCCGUGUCCCAAGAAGGUUCAUCGGAAAUGAGGUCUGCUGAUGAGUGCAGCAUGAAUGGCAAAAGUACACCAUCACCAUCUCCAAAACCACCAAAGCCAGUGAGACCUCCAAGACCUUCACGACCUCCACCUGCCGUCCCAUCCAGACCUGUCAGUACAGCAGCCUGUGAAAAUGGAUAUCCAAUUCCCUUAGAGAAUGGCCCUUCUUCUACAACUCCAUCUACGACCACCACUGUUCCUGCAGCUGUAGCAGUGAGUGAACCAGAUGCAUCACCCAGUAAUGGUACAGUACCACCAAAUACGUCCAUUUCUCCUGGUGACAGAACAUUAAAUACCGUGAGCAAGGGUCCACUUCCACCUGGCUGGGAGCAGAGGGUCGAUCAGCAUGGCAGAUUGUAUUUCGUAGAUCACAUUGAAAAACGAACAACGUGGGAAAGACCACAGCCAUUGCCUCCAGGCUGGGAACGGAGGGUCGAUGAGAGGCACAGGAUUUAUUAUGUUGACCACAUUACCAGGACGACCACGUGGCAGCGGCCCACAGUGGAAUCAGUCAGGAACUUUGAGCAGUGGCAGUCACAGAGAAAUCAGCUACAGGGAGCCAUGCAGCAGUUCAACCAGAGGUUUAUUUAUUCGUAUCCUGAACAGGUGGUGCCAGCUGAAUUUGACCCACUUGGCCCCUUACCAACUGGAUGGGAAAAGAGAACAGACAGUAAUGGUCGAAUGUACUUUGUAAACCACUUAACCCGUACCACUCAGUGGGAAGAUCCUCGGACAGAGGGCACUCUCAACGAGAAACCCUUACCGGAUGGAUGGGAAAUGCGCUUUACAGUUGAUGGCGUUCCAUACUUUGUAGAUCAUAACAGACGAACAACGACUUACAUUGACCCACGCACUGGAAAGUCAGCACUGUCAAAUGGUCCAAACAUAGCAUAUGUACGUGAUUUCAGAUCCAAAGUUUCUUACUUCAGGUUCUGGUGUCAGCAACUGGCUGCACCUCAACACAUCAAGAUAACUGUUUCAAGGAAAACCUUAUUUGAGGACUCAUUUCAGCAGAUUAUGAGCUUCAACCCUCAAGAUUUGCGACGACGAUUGUGGAUCAUUUUUCCAGGAGAGGAAGGCUUAGAUUAUGGAGGUGUAGCAAGAGAAUGGUUCUUUCUACUUUCCCAUGAAGUUUUGAACCCCAUGUAUUGCCUCUUUGAGUAUGCUGGGAAGGAAAAUUAUUGCUUGCAAAUAAACCCAGCAUCUUACAUCAACCCAGACCAUCUGAAGUACUUCCGGUUCAUAGGUCGGUUCAUAGCCAUGGCUCUAUUUCAUGGAAAAUUUAUUGACACUGGAUUUUCUCUCCCAUUUUACAAACGUAUGCUAAACAAACCCAUAGUAACCAAAGACUUGGAAUCUAUUGAUCCAGAAUUUUACAACUCCCUCAUUUGGAUCAGGGAAAACAACCUCGAAGAGUGUGGCCUGGAAAUGUAUUUCUCAGUUGACAAGGAAAUAUUAGGUGAAAUACAAACCCACGAACUGAAAGCUGAUGGUAACAAUAUACUGGUGACUGAAGAAAACAAAGAAGAGUAUAUUGGGCUUGUAGCUGAUUGGAGACUGUCACGAGGUGUUGAAGAACAGACACAGGCAUUCUUAGAGGGAUUUAAUGAAGUGCUUCCUCUACACUAUCUUCAGUCAUUUGAUGCCAAAGAAUUGGAGGUGCUUCUUUGUGGAAUGCAAGAAAUAGACUUGAAUGAUUGGCAGAGAAAUGCAAUCUAUCGCAACUAUACCCGGAACAGCAAGCAAGUGGUCUGGUUUUGGCAGGUUGUGAAAGAAAUGGACAACGAGAAGCGAAUGCGUCUGCUGCAGUUUGUCACAGGAACAUGCCGCUUACCAGUUGGUGGAUUUGCUGAUCUUAUGGGGAGCAAUGGUCCUCAGAAGUUUUGUAUUGAGAAAGUUGGGAAGGAAAAUUGGUUGCCAAGAAGCCAUACCUGUUUUAAUCGACUGGAUUUGCCACCAUACAAGAGCUUUGAGCAACUGAAGGAAAAGCUAUUAUUCGCAAUUGAGGAAACUGAAGGUUUUGGACAAGAGUAACUACUGUAUGAAAGUCUUGUCAGGAGAGAGUUUUGUGAUGUCAUUUGAAAGAUUCUGUAAAGGAGGAAUGCAUUUCACUACUUGUGCUUUACUUUCCAGUAGACUUCUGUUUAUCCAGACACAUCAGGACUGUCUAUUUGCUUUGGAAAUCCUGUGGGAAAUGGCUGUAAAGCCUUUGUCUUGCCUUCAAAACUCUGUAUUUACAAGCUGAAGAACUUAAUAUAAUGAGGAAAUUGUACAUGCUUAAAUAGAAUUAAUGUGCUGUGAUAAACAGUUUAAAUCUGUAGUAUGUUCAUUUCUGUUGAACACGAAGGAGCAGCCAUGCUUACCCCAUUUAGACGUAGGAAUACAGUUGGCUGCUGUUGAUAAGAUAUGGUUGGGAAUGGGAUUCCUGGAAUUAAUAGCAUCUUACAGUUGGCAGAGCAGAGCUGGAAUACAUGUCUACUAUCCAUACAUGUAUUCCAUUGUUGAGCUAAGAAACAAUCCUAGAUUGUGUGUAUCCCUCCUAUACUAUUGUUCCCCCAUUUUUUUUUUUGCUUGCACCACAGUGUCCUCAUGGCCCAUUAUAGCAGGCUUCUUCCCCCCCCCCCCCUCUCUCCGUGUGCGUCUCUCUCUCUCUCUCUCUCUCUCUCUCUCUCUCUCUUUCCCCACCCACCCCCCUAGUUCAGUCCUCGUCUUUGCUAAAUGAUGUAAUCAUAUUUCAUUUUAAAGAUUAAUUUAAAUGCAUCUCAAUGUCUUAAUUUAAUACAAUGUUUUAAUUUAAGCAAGUACAGUGAACUUCAGGGAGUCCCUACCUUGUGACAAAAUUCUUAUUAAAAUGUUUUUUCCAGCAUUGUUGAUACUUGAAAGAUAGGUGCAGGCUACUGUUUGAUGAACAGAUGUCUACUCUAACAUUGCACCUUUCGUGAAUUUUCUUUUAAGCAGUCUCUUAGAAAAACUUCUGACAGUAGUGCUCAUUAUCCCAGAUGUAUUCUUCCUCCUCUCUAUAAAGUGUAGCUAGAAAACAGAGGCUUUUGCCCUAUAUUUUUAAAGGACUGAGAGAUGUAGAUCAAUCGUAGCUCUAGUUUUAUAGAGCUUGAUUGGAAAAUAUUUUUGUGGUAUCUGUGCCGACACCUUUGAUUCAGGAAAGGCUGCUGUAAAAUAAUGUUGUCUUUGGUUAGAGAUUGAACUUUUCCCACAUGCGUCCCCUUUCCCCGCUAGGUACAACUUUGUAUUGAACUUCUGAGGACAUUUUGACGUGUCCCCACCUGGUCCCUGCAUACAACGCUCAAGGGCCACCUUGACAUAUCUACUUCACAUCUUGUUUAUAGGUUUUAAAUUUAUCAGCUGUAUGGACACUUUGCAAAUAAGAUAGGUGUAAAUUUCCAAGAUUGGAGAGGGAUAAGAAAUAAAAUUAAAAAGAAUAGUGGAAUAGAAUAGUAGUUUUAAAAGAAAAAUAACAUUCAUUAGUAACACUGCGCACUCUAUGUGACCAGGACCAGCUGAACAGAAUUUUUUUAUAAUUCUGUCUUGUCCACGAAUGUUCACUUCAUAUAUCCAUCUGUGAAAAGGUUCUUCUUUCUAAAAACCUUCCCAUAGCAAUCCCUGGAUAAUAAGUUCUCAGCCCCAUACAAUUUGGGAGACUCACUUUAAUUGUUCUAUCAUUUCCUUAUUAUUACUUAGUCUCCCAUUCCUAUUCCCAGUUUAGAAUCUAGUGUUCAUCCAUUGUAACCUAUGAUAACAACCAAACGAAAUGUGGGUUUCCCUCAAGUUUUUUUUCUGUAUAAGAAAGCAAAUUUAUAACACAGCUGAGAAAUCACCGCCAAAAUCUACUUGGCAUACAGAUUAUAUUUCUAUACCAAUUUUUAAAAAAAUUAUUAUCUAACCUGCAAUAGAUAAUUUCAGCAGGGACCAACAAGGGUACGGUAAAGACCUUAGCCAAGAAUCUUGUUUCUGGUCAACUAACAUGGCCCUGCUGAAACUGUGAGCCUGUGUGCUUGGGUGAGGACAGCACUGAGCUUGGCAAAAGUUAUGCAAAUACACAUUCUGUAAGUACAUUGCAGUUUGGGAAAGUUGACACCCAUGGGUCUAAAGCCCAGAAUAAAUUGAUGGUUUGAAGAAAGGACAAAGAAGAAAAGAAUCAAGCACAGAAGCAGUAUCCACUGUUAAUUGAAGGGAUAUCCCAAAUUAUUGAGGGAAUUUGGCAGAGAUUUGUUUGAAAAUUUGAUUGCAACUUCCAAAGAUUUCCUAAGUCUGUUUAUUUUGGGGCAAAUUUAGUCUUUUUCAAUAUAAAGUGAAAAUAAGGUAAAUCUGAGUGUGGCUUACUUCCAGCUGUUAUCUCUGGGUUGAAAUGACUGCAUCAACAUCUAACAUAUAAAAUAGUGUAUACUCUUUUGAUUAUUCAGACUUAAACCUCUCUUCUCUCUCUGACUUUAUUUGUUGAAUACAAAGGUGUAGUACAGAAUAUCAUUAACCGGAAGUCGCUACUGCAAUAAUUGGUUUAUGCUGGCUUUGUUAUUCUGUGAAGAGUAACAAUUUUAUUUAGCAAUUAUUGAAACAUUCUGGGAUAGCUAGAGGCAAUUCACCUGGAAUGCUGCUCUCGAUCAGUAGUCCCUGAGUCUUGGUGGAAAGUGUUUUUUGAGAUCUGUCGAGGGCCAGACUGAAUCUGGUUUUGAUGCACUCCAUACCUGAAUUGGCCCGGAACACUUGUCUAAGCUCGUGACGUGCAACUAUUGGGUCAGAGCUGGAGCUGACGCAACCACUCCAGCAAGACUCAGUAUUUUCAGGACUGGGUGAGAAAAUAGUGGGGUGAGGGCACUUGGGAACCCUGACUUAUUUUUAACACAACCUAUUCUUAAGCUAGAGUAUAUUUGUAAUAUAUUUUCAGGAUUUAUCAUAGAUAUUAAUAAUGUAUAUAGAGUAUCAAAUUUAGGUAGUUUUUUUUGCUAAAACCUGCCUAUUUUAGAAAGUUUGAACUUCAGUUUGCAUUUGUAAGUAAUCACUGAGUUUUCAGUUUUAAGCUUGGUGUCGAAGCAUCCCAGUUGCCUUGUUUAAUGGAUGAAUGUUCCUGUUUAAACUAUGGGAAGUGAAGUUAAUCCAUGUUGAAGUUGAGUACUUGGCCUCUGACCUUAUGCUAAGGGAAAAUUCUGUACAGGUUCCUGAUUGUUAAUCCAUUAAAAUCCCAAACUUGGCAGUGUACACUCGGCCUUUGGAUGGGGACAAGGCCUGAAUGUUGUCCACCUACAAAUGUUUGCAGUUUCCACAUGCGCGCACAGCACCUGUGGAACUUUAUCCCAGCAUGAGUCAAGUCAAGAGUUUGCCGCCUUAACUCUAAAGCCAUGCAGACUGUGUGGAGGUUGCUUAAUCAAACUUUGAAAAACAAGGACUCAUUACUAUUCUGCAUUUGGUCAGAAUAGGCUUGCAAUGAGAAUUUUCUCAUCUUGUUCUUGCUAAACUGCAUGUCAGGUAUCUUGGUUUGAGUGUUCCUUGCUUUGGGGAACUCUUACAUCAAGUAAAACAGGAUCUCCCCUCAUUGAUUUUGUCAUAUUCUUUUAGAUGGAUGUCAGUGCAUGACUAUUACCUGAAAGAAACCUGUUUCAAGAGGUUGCAUUGUCUGGUGAAACUGGUUUUCUGAGUUGCAUGUCAGCUUGAAUCUUUUGUGAGCCCAUUAGCAGAGAGCAUAUUUUUUAGAGAUGGGAUCUUUGGCUUAAUUAAAAAUGUUACAACCCUUUUAUUACCAGUUUUUGUUACUGUUUAACAUAGUGUCUAUAAAUCUUGUAAGAUUAUGCAUCACAAUGGCUCAAUAACUGAUAAUUGCAAAACAAGUAAUAUAUUUAUCUCCCAAUAAAUGUGAAUAAAAUAAUUGCAGGAAGAUUUUAGGUUGCAAGUGCGCUGUGCAACACUUCCUCCUUUAUUUUUGCUCUGUAUCUUGCCACUUAUUAGAAGCACACUUUCCUCUAAUUAAAUGAGCAGCAGUCCUGGACUGUAGAUUUCUCUAGAGCUCUGCAGACCAACAAGUGGAAGCAAGAUGGUAAAGGGCUUUGUUCCAGUCUUGUUUGCUAACCUUCCCCCUCACCAUCCCUCUUCACUUCCUUUGAGCUUUUCUCUGAUGUGUUCUUUUUGUUAUAUAGCCAUGAGCUGAAUCUUAAUUUUUAAUGUAGCGCACAGAUCCAUUCAAAUGGCCCUUACCCCCUAACCUUUCAUUCAGAAGUAAGAAGUUAGUGCUUGUGUUAACACAGUUUCAGUUGGUGUUUCUCCUUUUAGCCUAACCAGUAAAGUGCAAAAGAAAAUUUCACUUCUAUUGGAUAAUUUAUUGAUGUGUGUUAAAGCAGUGGGCCUCAACAAAUUUACUGCAAAAGAAUGCUGCUUAAUGGCAUACUUUUGAAUUGUGGAGCAAUGUGUGCUGAUUUUGCUUCUGAAAUGAUCAUGAAAUAGCCUGGAUAUCAAUCUAAACUUUCUCAAAUUCGUGGGAGGAAGUACUUUAAUUGACUUUGAUUGUCAUCUAGGGUUUUGGAACUGUCUGCACCAUGUUGAUAACUCAAUCCAGUCCCCACAAAGUAAGUUAUUUUAUAACUGGAACUAAGAUUGACACAAUGCAAGCAACUAAUUACCCAUGACCGCAUUUCCCAUCUGCCUUGUGUAACGUUACUUUACUACAAUAUUAGCACUUCUCAUUGGUUAAUCUCUCCCUGGUACAUUCAGGAUAUCAGGGAUUAUGACUGAGGCAGUCCUCCAACUUCACUAUAGGAGGGGAAGUAGGUUUUUUUUCUCUCAGCUUUAUAGGCUUGGUCAAAAACAGCAUACACUUUAAGCCUUCAGUGAGGAUUAGUUAAACUGUAAUCAGUUUUCACCUGACACCGGAAACACAAUAUCUUUUCUCAUUCUGCUAAGUUGAUCUACAUGAAGAUGUAUUGUACUUAAAGUCAUGCUUUUGCCCCCUCUUUUUUUCACCAUGCUUUGUCUAUGCAGCUCAUUAUGUUCUCUUCCACCCACCACUCCCGCAAAAAAAGACUUAAAGUCCGUCUGUAAAGAAGUCUGUGAUUAUAGCUGUCAAUGAUUCCUUUGAUAAAGGGUGCACUUGACUAAUCAUGGUGUACAAUGUCUGACUCCUGCUAUUUGCCAAGUUUGCUGAUUUUUUUUUUGUUUAAAUUUGUUGUGUUGCCAUAAUUGGCCUCUGUACCCUGGCCAAGAGAAAAGCAAAAUUGCCUGAAGAUGCUAAAACUUGAAUGUGUAUCCUGCUGAAAGUGUAUUUGAUAAGCACCGAGUCCCUAAGAAUGCCCUGUGAUUGGUGUGCUAGAGGUCUGCGGAACUGCAUCCUGGGUAGAUGUCAAAAUUUUCAAGAGGAUAAAAGGGCGCACGUUGACACACAGCAGCGAUGUUUGAGAUCUGGGGUUGAUAGCAAGUGUUUUUGUCAGUUCAUGAGGGAAGGAAAGGAAAACUACUGAAUGUCCACUUUAUUCAGGAAAUAACUGGAAUCUGGAGCCAUGGGUGCGGCACUUGUUUAGAUUUGUGUAUAAUGAACUUAUCCACUGUGAUAUUAACAGGAAACCAGAUACUUUGACAUCUGAUAAUUUUAAAAUGAUUUCUUGGCAAGAUAAAGAUUUAAACUUAGCUAAUUGUCCAAUGGUAAUGGCAUGCAUUUGUUUAAAAGUUUGAUUUUAUACACUAAGUGUGCUAAUUUUUUUUCCCUUUUUCCUGGAAGUGGCUGAAUUGGAAGGAUGCAACCGAUUUUUUUUCUUUUCCCCGUCCUCCCCUUGCCCACUCUAAUUGUACUGCAUUACAACCAGAAAAUUUAGGCAAAAUACAUCCAAAUGAAUUUGGAAAUUUGUUUCUCUCUCUGACGCAUCAUUUACCGAUUUGGUAGUCCGCAUUCCAGUCCUCAAACAUGACUGAAAAUUCCAGGUAAUGUCUUGGUGGUCAUCCUGUGUUCCAUUCACAAGUAGGAGUUACUGAGGAUAUUCUGUUUAUACUUCCUCCAUCCUCCUCAAUGGAUUGCUAAGCAAAACCUAACAUUUGUCUCAUUACUAGUGAGUGCAUUGAUAAUGGAAAACAUUGUUGGUAUUGUACCAUGGGUUAAUGUAACACAACGUUUUGAUUUGAUGCAAAGUGAAAAAACAACUUAUUUUAGUAGAAAACUGCAAAAUGCCACUCUCUUAAUCAUCUAUUCAUGAACAUAAUCUUUCUUGUUGCCAUUCAAGUAUGUACGCAUUGCCUGCAUUUUCAGGGAGGCAGCUUAGAGCUGGGAGUCAUGUCAACCAAAGACCAAAUACUUCAUCCCAUCUCUCUUGGUCAGCUGCCAUUUUCAUUGUUCCCAGCAUAUCUUCCCUCAUGUCGAACUUUGAUUCAGGGAAAUAAAAUCUAUUACAGCAUUGUACGCUCUCAGAUUGUUGUAAUAACACAUCUAGCCUUCAUAAGUUCAUUGGAUAAUAGCUGCAUAGAAUUCUUUCACUCUUGCCCUCAAAACAAGUUACCCAUUGUUAUAUAAAAGGCACUGAUGUUAAUUUGAUUUAAAAUAGUGUAUUUGGUAUUUUAAAUAAAUAGCUUUAGAAAUAUUUCCAAUAAAUUCCAUAGGAAGUUUGGAUGUUAUUUCUAAGGCUGCAACAUAAUUUAAAGAAAUCUGGGUAAUUUCUCAGAUCUUUUGGGCUUUCUAUAUAGUGUCUAAUUUCCACUGUACAAUAUCUAAGGAUUGUAAAUCAUGUUAAUAUUUCUGUGUUAAAUCUUUUUGUAAAGCUGAAUUUGAUUGUUCCAGAAAUGAGUUAAGGCUACUAAGAUAAUUCUGGCCACUUGGCACAAGCUUCUUACCUGUUUAUCUAUGUAAAGAUAGUUAACAUUGUAAAAAAAAUAAAAACGCUUCUCUUUAA